AAACUUCUAUUACAGUAAGACUUAAUAAUAUCUUGUGGGCAAGUGAGUUAAUGAGAUUGAGAACUACUGUAGAAUGUAGAUAUGCUUAUAUUUUUCAGUUGUUAGAUUGGAUGACAGAUACUGUUUUUUUGGGACAAUUUGGAGGAUGAAACAAAGAAUCCCAUCCCAUGAAAGAGACCUUACAUUACAUAAAGCUAAUUGAUUGACAAAGGAAACAUAACAUUCUGUACUUUUUGGCUUUGGUUUCCAAGAUUUGGAAAUGGCAAAUGUAGGGUCAUUAUCAUGAAUAGGGGUGGAAAGUAGGGAUAUAUAGGAAGGGGGAGGAGGAGGCAGAAUUUUUAGGGAGUAAAAGAGAGGGAAGGAGAAGAGAGAUAGGAGGAGGCAUGAAGGUAUUAAAUGGAGGACAGCAUGAUCUUCAUACUGCAGACUUUUAAUUCUCAAUACAAGACAGACAGAGGGGGGCGAGAACGUGGGGUGUUGGGCCCCAUGGUGGGCGGGGAAACUCGCAGAAUAUAGAGAGAAAGAGUAUACACCGCCCAUCCCAUGCUCACCUCACUCACGCAGUCUUUACCAAUACUAAACCCACCCUCAGCUCACCUGAUCUCCACUUCAUCAUCUAACCCUAACCCAACACCCCCUUUUUUUAUUUUUGACCUUUUACUAAGCCUCAGAUCUAAACCCAUAAACCAUCUCUCCCCUCUUAGCAUCUUUUGGCUAUUUUUCAUACCCCUCCCUCCUCUUCCUUAUUUCUUUCCAAACCCUUAACCAAAACUUAUCUUCAUUACAUGAGAAGCACAUCAGUUCCAAGAAUUAGUCAACUCACAUCAAGAGUGGAGAGAAUAUAGAUUCAGCUUAAAAUUUGGUGGUUUCAACUUUGAAAGGACGAACAGAAAUGGACCCAGUAACAGCUCAUGGCCGUCAUCUUCCUCCUUUCCUCGCUAGAGAUCUUCAUCUAAAUCCGCACCAUCAAUUCCAACAUCUCCUCCAACAACAAAAUUCUGAAGAUGAACAAAACCGUGGCCAGAAACGAGAUCGAGAAGAAACAGCCACCACCACCGCCGCCACUGGCACUACUUCCGACACGGGUGGUGGAGGCAACGACCUAGCCGUAGCCCCUGGAACUGAAGGUGAACUCACAAGAAGACCACGAGGCAGACCUGCGGGCUCCAAGAACAAGCCUAAGCCGCCGAUCAUCAUAACCCGUGAUAGUGCCAACGCCCUCCGGUCCCAUGUUAUGGAAAUUGCCAACGGCUGUGAUAUUAUGGAGAGCGUUUCGACUUUCGCUAGGCGGAAACAAAGAGGGGUUUGCAUUUUGAGUGGGAGCGGAACUGUAACGAAUGUAACCUUAAAACAACCUGGAGCUCCUGGUGCAGUCGUGAAUUUACAAGGACGGUUCGAAAUUUUAUCCCUUUCUGGGUCAUUUUUGCCUCCCCCGGCACCAGCGGCUGCAUCGGGAUUGGCCAUAUAUUUAGCCGGUGGUCAAGGUCAAGUAGUUGGAGGAACCGUGGUGGGUCAACUUGUUGCUUCAGGUCCGGUGGUGAUUAUGGCAGCUUCUUUUGGUAAUGCGGCCUAUGAAAGGCUCCCGUUGGAGGAAGAGGAACAACCUCUGGACCCGAUUCCAGGAAGUGGACCCUUAGAGUCACCGGGAAGCAUGGCUGCUCAACAACAACAACAACAGCAGCAGCAACUAUUACAAGAUCCCAACGGAUCCUUCGCUCAAGGGUUACCACCAAAUCUUCUAAAUUCAGUCCAAAUGCCAGCUGAGGCCUACUGGGGCACAGGUCAUCCUCCUUAUUAACAAAACAGAAAAAAAAAAAAACUCGGGUUUUUCUUUCUUUUUUUUUUGGUUUCCUUAAUUAUCCUUUUCAGUCACCUCUUGUUAGUUUGACCUUCUGAUCACCUUUUAAUCUUCUUCCUUUAUAAAAUAGUUGAUUUUGAUGUUUUUAAAUUAAGUGUUAAAGAUGCUGCUGAUCAUGGGAUUCAUCUGGGUUUGGUUUGAAGUUUGAAGUUUGAAGAAGGAUGAUGUACAAAUUUUCUGGAUUUUCUCCCUGGUGGGUUUUUCCGGUUUUAUUUUUAUAAAAAGUAGCCUUUUAAUUU